CUCUGGUUCUUCCAGCAGCUCCCAGUCAGAACCACUCAGUUCCUCUGCAGGACGCUGACAGAGAGACAUGGCUUCAUCGCUGCUCUGCUGCUGCCUCCUCUUCCUCACCCUCUACUCUGCAGAUGGGUUUAGAGAAUAUAUUGUGGAUCGUUGUGUGUUUAACUCCUCUGAGCUGAACGACAUCGAGUACAUCAGAUCAGAAUUUUACAACAAGUUGGAGUACGCCAGGUUCAGCAGCAGUUUGGGGAAGUUUGUUGGAUACACUGAGUGGGGAGUGAAGACUGCAGACUACUGGAACAGUCAGACUUCAUAUCUUCAACAGAUGAAAGCUCAGAGGGAGACCUACUGCCUGAACAACGUUGGUAUCUGGUACCAGAAUCCUCUGACUAAAUCAGUGGAGCCCUCCGUCAGAAUCCACUCUGAGGCGCCCUCUGGUGGUGGCGGUCAGAACGGCAUGCUGGUCUGUGGCGUCUACAGCUUCUACCCCAAAACCAUCAAAGUGACGUGGCUCAGAGAUGGACAGGAGGUCACCUCUGAUGUCACCACCACCGAGGAGCUGCCAGAUGGCGACUGGUACUACCAGGUCCACUCCACCCUGGAGUACACGCCCAGGUCUGGAGAGAAGAUCUCCUGCAUGGUGGAACACGCCAGCCUGAAGGAACCUCUGAUCACCCACUGGAAUCCGUCCAUGUCUGAGGCAGAGAGGAACCAGCUGGCCAUCGGAGCUUCAGGACUGAUCCUGGGUCUGGUUCUGUCUCUGGCCGGGUUCAUCUACUACAAGAGGAAGGCCAGAGGACGUAUUCUGGUUCCCACUAACUGAGAAGAGAUGCAGGUUCUGGUUCUGUCAGAUGCAUCAGCUGCUUCUUCAGCCUGCUUCCUGUUUCCAGCUGGUGGAACAUCUCUGGUGGAACUGGACCAUCAUCACCCUGAUCCAGAUCCUCUCAGAGUGGCCCAGUGGUGCUGGGGGUUAUUCUGUGAUGGUCCUGGAUCAGGUGGGGUUGUGACACAUCAGCUGUUUGUUUUAGUGAAAUCUGUCCCUGUAGACCAAAGCCUCUAUAACUUUGCUCUUCAAUCACAUUUAUCCAUCAUUCCCACUUUGACUUCUGAUCAACCUUUAUGAAAUUUAACAAGAAGUUACUAAGACCUAAAUAAACUUUUAGAAAAUC